AUGGAAUCUCAAACAUCCUUUACUACCGUUUCUGUACCUGUAUUUGAUGGACAAAACUAUCAAAUGUGGGCUGUCAAAUUGGAAGCAUAUCUAGAUGUUAACGAUGUGUGGGAAGCGGUAGAAGAGGAAUACGAAGUGUCUCUCUUGCCAGAUAAUCCUACGAUUGCUCAAAUGAAAAAUCACAAAAAAAGGAGGCUUCGAAAGUCCAAAGCCAAAUCAAUUUUGUUCACAGUCGUAUCUCCGAUCAUUUUCAACAGAAUAAUGACAUUGAAAACGGCAUAUGAAAUCUGGAAGUUUUUGAAGGAAGAGUAUCAAGACAAUGAGAAAAUCAAAGGAAUGCAAGCUUUGAAUCUGGUUCGAGAACUUGAGAUGCAAAGGAUAAAAGAUCCAGAGACAAUCAAAGAUUAUGCGGACAAGCUUCUUGGCAUUGCAAACAAAAUACGUCUUCUUGGCACUGAUAUUCCUGAAUCUCAAAUUGUUCAAAAAAUACUUAUAACAAUUCCAGAAAGAUAUGAAGCCACAUUGACUUCCUUGGAGAACUCAAAAGAUCUUUCUACUAUUACCUUGGCAAAACUUUUGACUGCACUUCAGGCUCCAGAACAAAGAAGACUCAUGAGAGAAGAAGGUCAUAUUGAAGGGGUUUUGGUAGGUAAAUUUCUGAAAAACAAGG